AUGGCUAAGCAUCGAGCCCUUGCUGGAGAGAAUCAUAUGUUACACAGGCUCAGUAUCAUUGGUUUACCUAAAGCAUACAAACCCCUCGACUAUAUAAGCCUAAAGCCAGCGGUGAGUCACGGUACAAAGCAAAUGAUGCCGCAUUUGACAAGCAUUGUCAUCUUCUGGAGCAUCGUCAACUGUGCAAGUAGCCUGCCUGAUUACGUGGACGCAAUCAAUCUGUAUCGCGAUGUUGAAGGCCAAUCAGAUAAAGGCACGCAUAGUAAGGAACUAAGUUAUGAAAAGAAAGGUGGAUUCUUCUACGAUUUGAGGAUGGCAAAGAACGAGGUCGAAGACUGUGUUCUUACCGAAGAACAAGGAGUAAAAGAGUCUUGGAGGAAUCAGCCGUCGACUAAGAAGAGCGUUUAUAAGAGAAUGUUCCCGAAUCUGUUUGGAUACUGGUGUAUGUGGACAUUCACUACACGAUAA